AAAAACAAAGUGUGGCACUGAGUGACCAGGAGACUGGACUGUGCAGAGUGACCAGGAGGUUGAAUAACACUUCACAGAGUGAUCAGGAGUCUGUGCAGAGUGACCAGGAGACUGGACUGUGUAGAGUGACCAGGAGGCUGAAUAACACAUCACAGAGUGACCAGGAGACUGACCACAGUGACCGGGGGUCUGGACUAUACCAAGUGGCUGGAGAAUGAUCCAUUGAGUGAACAGAAGACUGGAGAUUGUUGUACAGAGUGAUCAGGACUACUCACCUUUCCAAACUGACAGUGAAUCUUCCAGUCAGCCCGUUUCGAAUUCCUCCUGGUCUCCUGCUCCACCAGGCCGGAUUGGAGCCCUGCAACAAGGACCAUGCUUUAUAUUAACAUCUUGACCCCUGACUGUGUCCCUGACUUUUUCAUCCCACCCAAGUUCACUCCCCAGCAAACUCUUCAAAGACUGGCUCCGGGUAUGAGUCCGUCCACUGCAGAGCAAGGCCUCGGGGAGUGUUGCACCGCAGUGCCUGAAUGUCGGGGUCACUUGAGCCAUGAGAUAGCUCCAGAGGAUGGUUUUGCAGUUGGAGACAGCACAGAUUGGGACCCCACGUCCCAGGCUGCCCUGUCACUGCCACAUUUUCCCCGGGCCCACACCCCUUACGGUUUCUGCCGGUUACUGGAGAGCCCACACACCAGGCGGAAGGAGUCAAUCUUCCAUGACCAGGAAAUCUCCGUAGGGUCAGUGUUCCCCUUCGCCCAGCUCCCUGCCCCUGGUCCUGCAGGCAGCAAGCCAGGCACCUCUCCCGAAUCACCCCCUGCCACUCUAUCCCGGGCGCUGAGCAGCCUCCUCAUUUGGAGCCAGAAGAAGGUACCGGGCGGCUCAGCGAGGAAAGGGCCACAGAGAUGCAACUCCCUCUCCAGCUCCACGGAUAGCAGCCCAGACCACAGCCCCAGGUCAGCUGGUGCUCCCUUCGCCCCAGGAACGGUGACCCUCGGGCGCAGCCUGACCAAGGAGAGCACUGUCGCACUGGGGGACACUGGCAUCUUGCGGCUGCGGACUGAGUAUUGUGGCGGCAGACAGCGGGUCUGGAUCCGCCUGCUGAGUUUGGAGGGUCUGUACGAGCAGUACACUGAUUGCCAGACCAUCAGCUGCUGCCUGACCCUCGACCUGCAACCGGGUAAAGGUCAGAAGCAGCAAACUGCCACCGUUCGCAGAAGCAGGAAUCCAAUCUUCAACCAGGACUUCUUCUUCUUUGGAAUCCCUGAGGAAGAGUUGCACUCCAAGUUUUUUAAAAUCAAAGUUAUUAAUAAAGCCUCCAGGAUGAAAAGGGGCUGUAUACUGGGAGUGUGCCAGUUGUGUUUAGCCAGUCUUUUACCGCUGUAGGUGCUGCAUAAAAUGUGUCGUGCUCCGUCUUUUCAAGUGCUGUUUUUAUUUAAAUUAACAUUAAAGACAAAUCCGUUCUGA